AAAAGAGAGAGAAAACAAAAAGGAAAAAACUAAAGAGAAUAAUUUUAUAACAAGGUUACAAGGACAUGGGGAUGAUGUGGGUGGGUAAUGAAGGGUAGAGCCGUCGGGUACUCCCUGCACUUUUUGGUUGAAAUUGCCUCUAUAGCAUCUUUUGAAAUGUUGAUUCCUUUCUAUGAAGAAUUUGUUUUUCAUAACCAUUGGUUUGCUGAAUUGAACUUUUUUAAGGGGUGGGGGGCUUGAUCUGUUUCAAUUUUUUUUUUUUUUUUUUUUUCUUUAAAUUAAAAUUUACUAUUUUUUGGUUCAAAAUUUAUUGCUAUCUCUGGAUUGAUUGCUAUUACAUUAAUUUUAACAGUGGAGAAACAGUUCGAAAUUUUGACAGUGAAUCCAGCGCAAAUCUGAAACAAGUGACUCGCCAUGUGAUCAAAGCACCUGAUCUGAAACUUGGUGAUAGCAGUGGUAGGGCUUGUAAAUUCAUGCUAAACAAGGAAGAAGGCCAGUGGAACCUUGCCAACAGAACUGUCUUGGAAGGGAAGGUCAUUGAGAGGUGGGCGGUCCUUGAUUUUAGUUCGUAUGAUCGAAGGUUCAAGCCUAACUCUUUGAUCUAUAAUAAGUUCGUACAGAAAUUAACAAUGCGGUGCAAAAAACUUGGGAUACACAUGAAGAAUCCUCUCUUCCGUGAGCUCUCUGAUAUGCGUGUGCUCUCUGAUACUGACAGGCUUCGUAAGCUCCUUAAUCAUGUAUAUGAUGAGGCAAAUCACAGGUUGCAGAUUCUUGUUUGUAUUAUGUUAGACAAACAUCCGGGUUAUAAUGCUCUCAAGUGGAUUUGUGAGACACAGGUUGGCAUUGUGACAGAAUUGUGUUUGAGCAAACAAUGCAACAUGGGUAAAGACCACUACAUGACAAACCUUGCUCUUCAGAUCAAUACAAAGCUUGGAGGCAGCAAUUUUGAGCUCUUUGACCCUAUUCCGCGUCUUGAAAGUGAUGAUCAUGUGAUGUUUAUCGGGGCUGAUGUCAAUAAUCCUAGUCCAGGUAUUGCAUCAAGCCCAUCUGCUGCAGCUGUUGUUGCCACUGUAAAUUGGCCUGCUGCGAACAAAUAUGUGGGACGGUAUCGUCUUCAAAAGCAUCGAACAGAGAAGAUUGAAGAUUUUGGGGAGAUGUGUUUGGAGCUUAUCAACAAAUAUGCUGAGCUCAACAAAGUGAAGCCGAAGAAAAUUAUAGUGUUCCGUGAUGGGGUCAGCAACAGCCAGUUUGAUAUGGUUUUGGAUGAAGAAUUAGUUGAUCUCAAGAAUGCAAUUCAUUGUGAUGGGUAUUCACCAACUAUCACACUCAUGAUUGCACAGAAGCGGCACCUAACUCGUCUAUUUCCCAUGGACAAUAAGCAAGGAGUCCGUAAUAGCAAUGUUUUUCCAGGGACAGUUGUGGAUACAACCAUUGUGCACCCUUGGAAAUUCGACUUCUACCUUUGUAGCCACUAUGGGAUCUUAGGAACAAGCAAGCCGACUCGCUACUAUUGCCUUCAUGAUGAUCACAGUUUCAGUUUAGAUGACUUGCAGCAGUUGACAUACAACCUAUGCUACACCCAUGCUCGAUGCUCAAAACCUGUCUCCUUGGUCCCACCUGCAUAUUAUGCCAACACUUUGGCAUAUAGGGUGCAACAGUACUAUGAGGCAUGGGAGGCAGCUGCUACUGUUUCAUCUUCAAAUUUUCCACUGCAAUUCGAUUCAAAUAUCUUCAAGCUGCAUGGUGAUCUUGAGAACAUCAUGUUCUUUUGUUGAAGGUACAUGAAUGGAUGCAGUCCACCAGUCAGGUCCAAUCUCCUUAUCUAUACAGCCCUGUGUGGUUGAGGAGUUUGUGCGUGAAUCUAAAAGUUUCUACUUUAAAUUUAUAGGGAUCUAGUUUACUGUUAGGGGCCAAGUUUCCCUAAACCAUGGUAAACAGAUUACUAUUCACCUUGGGUGCUUUAAAUGCAUCUAGGGGGUAUUAUGAGGAUUUUUGGGGAAGGUACUAAAACCUUAUACAGGUUUGUGAACCCUAGGAUGGAGUGGUGAACCUCUCCUUACUCCUAUGUUACCUUUACCUUAAUUUCUUUCAAAUGGUCUAAUAAGCCACAAACAUUUAAGUCUUUAGAGUUUAGUAGUCAUGGAUUAAUACUUUAUGAUGAUGUGUGUAAGAUUCUGAUAGUCUUGUGAAUUGAGACUUAAUGUCAGUGGUUGUGGUAUUUCCUUUGAGUGUGGUGUUUGAAAAGAUUGUGUGUAAUCCAGGUUAUGGUUAAUGAUAUAUGAAUAAUAUGAUGUUUGCUUUAUCUUA